GCAUCGAUCGACGCAAACUUUAAUUUAUUGAUUUGUUGCAUUCGCCAAGUGCAUUUUAUACCGCGGAAAUGAUAAAAAUUGCCGCGUUAAACGAUGAGUCCGGCGAGGAUAGCGAUUCAGAGGAAGAAGUGUCUAAGGAAGCGCUCGAACAGAUCGCUUUCCAACAGUAUGCAAAAGCUCUCGAUCUUCAAAGAAAAGGUAGUUUAUCUGAUGCCACCCAGCUUCUAAAGGACUUAUUGGACACGGAGCUCCUGUAUGAUGUCAAAAAACCGGCACCCGGCGAGAAGGCUUCGGGACCUUUAUUCAAUUUGAAGUAUCUCUGUUAUAAAAACCUCGCUUCGAUGUUAAAUAGCGGAGGUAAGCUGGACGAAGCAAUAGAAGCUUAUAGCGCUGCUUCGGAAUUAGACGAUACCGAUGUAUCACUUUGGCACCGUUUUGGACAAGUCUGUAUGCAGGCUAAGCGCUAUGAAAUGGCACUUUAUGCCUUUCAACGGGGAGUAGAACGAAACCCUCGUCACUGGCCAUGCCUAGACAAAAUUGUUACGUUAUUAUUGGCCUUAGACUACAACGAGCAAUGUAUUGCUACUAUUCAUGAAACUCUCAAACUUGAUCCUGGCUACUUGCGAGGUUUGGUGUACAGGAGGCACAUCUAUACUAUUUAUAAACAUAUGAGAGAAUACAUGGAGUAUCUAAACCCCAUUUACAAGUGGAAGGAGGAUGAUGUCCCCAUAGAUGAGGAGAGAGCGAAAGUGUUACUGAAGGAGGCGGAAGUUAUCAAUGAUGCGUAUGUAGAGCAGCAGGAGGCAGAAAAGUUUGUGUACAUGGUGCCAAAUGUCACACUGAAGAAACCUAUAUCGAGGCUGACCUGGGAGUCCGUCGGAGAUUCCUUGGUUCACAUGCAUCACUACAUGACAGAACAUUGCUUUAGUCAUGCCUGCUUCAUAGAAAUUAAAUUUGAAAAGGAAGAUCCCGUUGUUGAAAUGGAGGUAUGUGAAGAAAAGGAAAAUGAGGUGGUGGAAAAAACUGAGGAAGUAGUCGCUGAUACGGAAAAGGUAACAGAACCAGCAUCAGAGGUUGAAAACAAUGAGGUGUCAGAUAAAGAAAAGGCUGUGACAGACACUGAGAAAGUGGAGAGUGAUGUGGAAAUGGUCACUUCAGAAGCUGGGUCGGAGACUACACAGGCUACAAAGACAAGGAAAAAUCCUGUUCGGCGGAGAGGCAGUGACCUUAGUUUCUUACAGCAGUGGGAGUGGUGCACUAAACGUAGAUCAGCUCGUAAAAAGACGACAAGCCAAAAAGAUUACAACAUUUAUGACACAUUGCGGGCUAUGGUUCCUGUUGGUCUCGUUCCUGAGAAUCACCAAGAAGAGAAGGUCCAGGGCAAAGAAUUGUCUUUUGAUUUAGAUAUUGAUAAGAUGUAUGAAGAAUCUGCUGAAAAUCGUGAUGAAGAAUAUUUUGGCACUGAAUCUGAACAGAAUGAUGUUAAAGAGUUUAUUAAAAAAUACACGGAGAAUAGAAAGGAUAUUAUAGAUCUACUUAAUGACUACCUAAGUAUAUUGGCCUGCAAGUGGAAAAAGAAAUGGCCAAGUGGCUUAGCCAAGAUAUUCAUUGAAGCCAACACAUGCUACAGUACCCAUAUAGAUAUACCAGCAUUUGUAAAUGAUAAUAAUCAGGAGCUCCUACAUUAUGUUAGAGUUAAUCUUUUAGUUGAAGAAUUGUUGGUGAAUGAAAAGUUAAAAGACGAAACAGAAGAACCAGCACCAUCACAUAAACUUAGUGUAAUAGACUCAAUAGAAAUAAUUUUAACCGUCAAUCCACACAUAUUUCCUAGCAUUGAAUGUCUGGAGCUUAUUCUAAGAGCUCUCUGGCUUAAAGUCCACAUACAUAUCUUAAAUAAAUGUGAAGAUUUUGCACUAGACUGCCUUUAUCAAUUACAGCACGAGUUUGAUGCAAUGGGCGAACACUGUAGCUCGUACAUCCUAAGCAUUGUCAAUUUUACAUUCAAACCUCUGAUAUGCGAAUAUAAAAUCUCUGAAUAUAUAAAGUUUUUGGAGCGCAACAAAAAAUUGUCUACAGUAAAAGAGCUGUAUGAUAGAGGGUGUUACGAGGAAGCCUUGUCUAUUAUCCUUGACUCAUUUGAACAUUGUAAAACGAUGGCAAAGGAUCAGGAGGCAGAAAUGUCUUUAGAUUUUGCUGUCCAGUUGUCCCUUAUUUUGGACUCGUACUGGGCCCUGGGCAAAGCCAAUAUCUGCAUGAAAUGGUCCUUUAUAUGCCUUCAUGAGGCCUUGAAGCAUUAUUUUCGAUACACUUCCGGCACACCCGAAUACGAGAAGUGGACACUUACAGUCAUAAAAAUUUUGUGCUGCAUGGAGCAUAUAUUCAGUAAUGAGCCAUUGUCUUGUUUAGAUAGUGUGGAAUCGAAAGAACUGAGCCAAGGUCUGGAAAACCUUAUCCGUAUAAUAGGUCACCAAGUAGAAACGAACGCGGCCGAAAUGCCUAUCGACACUGUCGCUCCGUGGAUCGUAAUGCAUUACAUAUUACAAAGGGAGGAAGAUCAGGGUAGAGGAAGAACUCUCGAGGAUAAAGUCGCAUUCGAUGACAUACCAAAUCCACUGAUGCUGUUGUUUUUAGGGCACGAGCAUUUAGGUGCCCGGAGUUGGUGCAGCAAAUCAAACAGUAAAUUACUCUUUUUCAUCCUCGACACGGUGGUCCCGCGACUUCGCUCGCCUGCGCUGUCCAAGUCCUUGGAACAGAUAGUACAACAUUUGGAGCAAAGCGUCUACUGCCUCUUCGGUCACCCUAACAAGAAAAAUAGAAUCAAAUAUUUAAUGGAUCAUUCGGUAACUGCACAAGAAUUGGAUUGGAAGAGAGCUCAACAGCUUUACGAAAUAUUUAGGCCGGCUGCUCUACCGGAGUUGGAAGGGAAAAUACCGGGAAUAACGGCCGACACGGAGGCACUGUUUCAGCGUAUUCUGGAACUGAUGCCCUCGGAACUCGAUCCGCAAAAAUAUGUACCCGAGAUGGAUAAGUUUAUCAAAGGCACCGAAGACAAGCUACCCUCGGUUCCGCCUCUGCUACCUUACAAAAUGAAGGACAUUUAUUAUCUGCUCGGCGACUAUCAUUUCAAACGGGAGGACAGAAAAAUGGCGGUGAAAUACAGCACCCUGGAUGUUAUAGUAAACAGCGACAGAGUUGAGUCGUGGGCGAUGAUAUCUCUCGCUAAGGCAGCUAAUUUAGAGAUAGUCCUUAACUCGUGCAGAAAUUUCAAUAACGAGAGAGAGUUCCUAAAUCCAGUAAAAACAGCAGUAAGAUGUUUCAAACGUGCGCUCCAGCUAGAUCCGGGCUACAUGAAUAUACUAAUAGAAUAUGGCAAUUUCGUUUACUUUGUGCACUCGUUUUGUUCGAGAGUCCUGAAACAAGCGAGCGAGUCCUUGAGUAUGGAAGAAUUCGAAGCCCUCGAGCUACAAAAAGAGGAGUUCCUUAAUACUACUUUCAAGUGUUUUACGACUGUUGUAAAAGAUAUAGCAAGUAACGGAGAAAUCGACAAGACCAACGAGGAAGCUUGGCUCCUGUAUUACAUGCUGGGUAAAGUCGCGGAGAAAAAGAAAAAGCCACCGUCGGUCUAUCUCAAUUAUUAUAUGCAGGGCGUUAAAAGUUUAAUAGAAAGAGAAGCGACGUACCCCUUAAAAAUAAAUUACAGUUCACCGACCCACUUGGCGAUAGAAGUUUUAGAGUUACAUUACAGGAUUCACGCUUCGAUUCUCAAGUACAUAGAGCAACAUGAAAAUAAACCAAUACCUGCAUCCGUUGGCAAGGUGUUCACGUCUUGUAUUGAAGAAUGGCUCCGAGGUCCUUAUGCGAGAAACAAAAGUACACCGACAAAAACGGACACUGCACUUGACACUGAAGCUAAAACAGAUGACGCACAGUCCGUGCAAGCCGCAAAUAUAUUAAAAAGAUCAAUAAGUGAUGCCGGAGAAGAAGACACACAUGAGACAAAAAAAUUAAAACUAGAAUCUGCUGCAGCUAAAAUAAGACGUUCAGCCUCAUAUGACUCGGAAAAAAUUGGAAAUAAUAAAGACGCCGAGAGCAACAGAGACGACCAGGGCAAUGCCGUGCCUGUGGAAAAUAAGCCGAAUGAAAAUAAAGUUGAGGAAAAGGAGAAAUCAGAAGAAAAAGAAAUUAAGGAAACGGAAGAGGCAAGCGCGGAACCAUCUGCUGCUUCCCAAUCAGCUGAAAACAAAGAUAAACCAGACGAACAGAAUCGAGAAGCAGUUGAAAACAAAGAUGACGACUCUUCUAGUUCCAGUUCCUCGUCAUCGUCUUCAGAGUCUAGUUCUAGCGACUCUUCCUCUGACAGCAGCUGCGAUUCUGGCAGAGGAAGCGACAGCUCGAGCAAAUCUGCCCCACAGGCCGAACCCUUGACGGAGGCAGAAAUAAUGAAAAUCAUCACAGCGUGUAUCGACGCAUUAGAAGACUGUGCUAGUCGCUUUCCGCCUCACUAUAAAGCUAUAUACCGUCUCGCUCAUUAUCACUUUUAUUACAAAAAUGGUAAAGAUAUAGAGCGAUGUCGGGAUUUAAUGCUAUCGUCGUUCGUUAUGAGAAGUGGGCAGAAGCUGGGUGGGCUCUUCAGCGAAAGAAAGCCAUCUAAUUUCUUCAAUAAUAUUUGGAAAAUUCCUUUGACAGAGGUGGAACGAGCUGGUGGAUUUGCGUUUCACAUGAGCCGAUCAGUUUUGCUGACUAUGGAAAUAUUAAAGGAAAUCGAUGACCACAAAACACUCUUGGAUCUGAGCUUACACCUGAAUAGGAUACCGGAUCCCGAUAAAAAGUAUUUGAGAGAUUCCGAUCGAGAAGAACUGGCGCAACAAGCGUUUUCAUUGUGCGUGCAGUCCCUGAAGGGCCAGGUGAUUAAGUUCAGUCAGCAAGCCGAUUUGAAAAGUAAUGAUGUAGAACAAAAGGCAUUGAAGAGUCUGAUGUUAGAUAUCUACCGAGCGUGGCAAAGAGUCCAAAAACAGCCCAACGCAAAACAAUUUACCAAUCUUCUCGUCGAUGCUUAUAAGUUAGUGACUACGACACCGAUAACUGAAAACAUGAAUCUGGUCGAUCUGAGCAUGAAGUUCUGCCAAUCUUUGAUCCAAGCACUGAAACAGCAGGCCACAUUGGCGAGUCAAAAUGCUCAGAAGAAGCAAAGUCAGAGGGAAACUACAAAAGUCGCCGAAAGUUCCAAGUCCGUCCCUGUACCCGUCUCUAGUCAACCUAAAACUGAUCACAAGAUACAAACCAGCACAUCAUCAUCCUCAAGCCUCCCUAAAAUGUCCACCCAGGACAUGGCGGCGGCUUUCCAGAACUACAAUCCCCUGCUCAGCGACUCUCUGCUUUCCCAGCAAACGGCGGCCGCUCUGUCGCUGUCGUAUUUGAGCAACAUCAGCGCUCUCGCCGGCUACUCGUCCCUGCAAAACACUCUGCAGACGUCCAUACAAUCCUCGCUCCAGAACACAUUCCAAAGCGAGUUUUAUCGCCAAUUCCUCGGUCAAAACUUCCCGUACAUGCAGCCGCGGAAGAAGCAGAAGCGAGCUCCAAAAGCGACCACGUCGCGUCCGAUACCCUCCACGACUCAGCCGAAGACGACGAAAAGCUUAAGUGGAACCUUCUCCUCCUUAACGAAACCCAUUCAGUCAGUCCAAAAAACUACAUCGGCGUCGCUGGCACCCAGCAUGGGGACCGUCCUGCCGUCUCUACCCGCGUCGAUGACGAGUCUCGCGCCGUACCCACCCUCGCACACCACCACGCAGAAUCCGGCGCCCCAAGCCCACAUGUCCACCAUCACCAGCUCCAUGCAUCCCAAGCCGCCUCUACCUCACCAGCAGGCGAGCCCCGGUAAGACUCUACAGGAGAAAUUGGCGGAGCGACAGAAAAUAAGUCCGACCGUAAAAAAUGCCGACAUCAACGCGUCCAUAAGCCGGCUACCCUCCUCGUUGACGAUCACUAAAACGUCCAAACAGACUCAGGCUAAGAAACCAGAAGCUAAGAAGUCCCUCUCCUUUAGCAGCGAGGUCCGACCGAAACCGAUCGCAACGGACGAGGUCAUAGUGCUCGAUGAUGAUGAUUGAACGUUAUAUUAUAUUAUGAUUAGUUUUAGGAUCUUUAGGCCUAAUUUCACCAACAUACACAAGCUCAUAGUGUUAAUGGCUUGUCAAAAUAUCAUGUCUUCUCUUUCGUUAGUAUGAAAAACGAGAGAGAGAAUGUGAUACCAAUUCGAGCAUUAACUUUUUAAACAGACGUUGGUGAAAUUGAGCCUUACCAUUAAUUGUGACUGAUUAGUGAUUAAUUCUAAAUUUUUUAUUCAUUUCGACGAGUACAAUUUGUUUUAUUGGGAUUAUGUGAUGGACUAUCGUCUAUCGCUCUAUGAAUUGAAGUUACCAAACAAAAAAAUAGUCAACUCAUCCCAGAAUGUUUGAUCCCUAUUUCAAUUAAGGGCAUGUUUGCACUUCCUGAUAAGGUGCCGGAUAGGCUAUCCACAAC